AUGGACGACGAGUUGAAGGAUAUCAGCGAUGCCCACGAGCGCCGUAAAGCUCAGAACCGCAUCGCCCAGAGACGACGUCGGCAACGACUUCGGCAGGACGCAAAACCCACGGCUGGAGAUGUUACCGAGAUGGCCGGCCUCGAACCCUCCGAUUUGGGUAUGAUGGGAUCAGAUAACGGGGCAUUAAGUCUCAAUGGAGCGGCCUCUUCACUCUGGAACCAGGACGUCGGGGGGCUGGACACGGAUGCAAGUUUCAUGGAUCUCAACUUCCUAGAACCCAUGGAAAUCAACGAACUCAACGAGAUGGGCGGGGUCAACGACAGUCCGCCUCUCAAGAUCAUCACACACCCAUCGUCAUCGUCUUCCUUGUCAAAUCGGGCUGGACAAGUGAUGAGCAAUCACUGUCGACGCUGCAGUUCACAUCUCUCCAAGUCGACGGUUGCCAGUCCCCCAGACAAUGCCUUUGGAGGGCCUCAUCCAGCCAACGCCACCGAGACGACCGAAAGUGCAUACGACAGGCGUGAGCGUUGCCGUGGCGUUCAGAAACCAUAUGUCAGCCGUACCCGUUCGGAUCCUCAAUCUCUCUCCCUCGAAACAACAUUUUUCCCACCAAUGGACGAUGUCGGCACCGGCAAUACCACUACAUGUACAGAGUCGAUACAGCCAUCCCGGCACGGGAGUCCGAUACAUACUCUCAACAAACACACGUGGUCCGAUCCCCGUGUUCAGCAGCAGCAACAACCACAGAGACAUCCCAAAGUUGCACCAAACCCGCAGAGACUAUCCUCGACGACAUCCUCGACCUCUUCUUCCUCUUCAUUGUCCCAUUGGUCCUCAACCUCCAGCGACGCCACCGAGCUCAGACCCCGCGAUGACUGGGAAUCCCAACGAUCCCCGCUCGCAUCCACGCUGACCCAGCGGUCCCAGAAACUGGCCACUGACCUGAUCCGACUGUACGAAUUGGGCGUCUACCUGGACAUACAAUCCAAAGACUCGGAGCUGGAGGAGCUUCUCUCAGAAGUGCGACGGAAAUUCGCCGUGCUUCACGGCAAGGCGGAAAAGAGGGCUCGGAACAUGAACGACGACGAUGCUACGAGUCGUCGAUAUAGGGAGAUUGGGUUUGGCGAAAUUUGA